UUCAAUUUUUUAUAAUGGAAGCGUUAAAAAAUCAUCACCAACUUUUUGAUUUAUUGCCGAAUGAAGUAAUUGUAAACACAUUUACCUUUAUAGACGCAGACACGCUUUUCGAUUGCAGACUUGUGUGUAAACGAUGGAAGGAACUAAUAGAUGAAUAUGCAUUUCAAGAAAAAGCUGCUCGAGAAAACGAGUUUAUGAAUGAUGGCCGAGGGUACUACAGUUUCUCACAAAUCAAUUCAAAUGACAUUAGAAAACUGGAUUUACCGUGGUACGUUUUUUAUGUGAUAAUCAAAUAUGAUCCAUUCAACAGAAACUUGGUGAAAAACCACUGUGGGCAGGGUAAGUAG